AUGAGUGAAAAGAAACGAAAGAGAGGCGAGAAGAAUGGAGAGCGGCCGAAGAAGAAGGCGACGAGUGCGACAGAGGGAAAAUUCCUGGUCGAGCUGGUAGAGAACAACGAAGAUCUGGGUCCGUUGCUAGCUGUUACACCUGGUGUCAAACUUCCGUCCAACAUAUCCUUCAAGCCAUACAAGCGUACCAAGGUCGAACCCUCAGGCACAACCACCGAGCUGCUGCUCCACUCAUCUGAUCACCCUAGACUCGACUAUACCGCACAAGAGGAGAAGGAUGGAAGCUCAGAGAGUUACCUCCAAGACUACAUUGGCAUCUUCGACCCAGCGACCAAAAAGUUGCAAAUUGUCCCUGUAAAGAGAGUCGUGGUACGAGCCACACUGCGCAGCGAGAUAGCUGAGAUGCAGGAGGAGCAAGCACGCUUGGAUACGCAGACGAGCACCAUCGCAGAGAAGAGGGCAGCGCUCGCAGCAGAGUUUGGAUCGAAAAAGUCAAGGAAAGCGUUGGAAGAUCGUACCUUGAAUGCCAUUAAGAGCGGGCCUGGCGCCGAAGCCGUUGCUGCGAACAUACUGAACCAAAUGGCAUCUGCAACCGAAGGCAUGCCGACCAGAGAUGAACUUACAGAAGCUAUCAACAGCGCGAAACCUCGACCAACACCCAACCUUGCGGCUGAGUAUCCCGGUGACGUUUAUCCCAUCGACACCGUGGUUGGAAGCGAGCUCAUGACCAUAUUGGAAGUGAAGGACUGGGUAGAAGCAUCAGAUGCCAAGCAAGCUAUCAACGUGACUAGCAAGUAUGUUGCGAAGCGGAUCGUCAAGUUUGCCAAGAACAAGCAGAUACAGAAGCUAAAGGUCCUACGCUUCAUACUGCUCUGCAUCAACUUUAAUGCUGCCUUGUUUGGAGGAGGUGGUUCCCGACCGAAGAAAAUACCAGUCAAGGGUAAGCUAGAGAAAGCAAUGGGCGAAGAUACUUCUGCGGGUUGCAUCAUGGCCAUCCGACGCAAGUUUGCUCCGGAGGGUGGUGAGAUGCCUCGAUGGAACGUUGACUACCUCAUGACACACAUUGCCGCCGCAGCGCUCAUCGUCGACGACUUCGCGGUCGAUGUCAACGACCUGCGAGACGAUCUCAAGCUUGAAAACAAAGAGAUCAAGCAGUACUUCAUGGAACUGGGCUGCAAGGUCUCGGCGCCCACACAGGCCGAUCUCGCCAACCUCAAGGUUGCAAACGCCGCGAAAGCGAACCACCAUAUCGCAAAGCUGCAAUUACCGCUGUCAUUCCCCAAGGUAGGCGGUCCGCGAGCAAAAAAGAGAAGCGGUUAGACAUCAUCUUCCAUGGGCGUUCUGGGCGUGCCUCUACGGAUGGCGUUUACAUUUCUUACGCUUGCAAGCAUGCUUUGAGCAUACGCCUAACCAUGUCACGUCUGCAUAAUACUUUGGAAAAGUAGCAUGACAAAGGAUCAUGUGCAUUUCAUCAUUACUAUAUUGCGGGUAGUUCUAGAAGCGGCGAAAAAGCACUGUCUAUAGAGUUCAAAAUGACACCUUCACAUCGCCA